UUAUCAAAAAUCUGUGAUUCGGAUUUCAGUGGAUAGCGUUAAGGUGAUUUCAUUUUCUUUUAUUCCUUUUCGUACAAAUUCGUGUUAUAAUAAACAAUUGUGUUAUUGUUAGUUGUUGAUGUUAAAAAUAAUAAGAUUAAAAAUAUAAGAAGAAAUACUUCAAGAUUAGCUGCAGAUUAUAAUGAAUAGAAAGACUUAGUUGUUAGACAACAAGUAGUUGGUACUAAAGGAAAGAUCAGUUUUACCAAUGUGUGACAGAUACCCACCUUUUUAUCAUGGAGGCCCGCCUUUCAAUAGUUGGGAUAGAAGCUAUACCUUGGAGAAUCAAAUACAACAUCAGUACAGAGGUAGACCUAACCCAGGAGCGCAUAGGUUUUGGGGCAGCAUGUCAGAUGGUGGAGGAAUAUCGGCCGCUGGUGGUGACUCCAGCAGGACCAACCUGAUUGUCAACUACCUUCCACAGACUGUUACGGAAAAGGAUCUUUAUGCUAUGUUCGUCACCAUCGGCCCGAUUGAGAGCUGUAGAGUUAUGAAGGAUUUUAAGACUGGUUAUAGUUAUGGUUUUGGCUUCGUGAACUAUGUACGGGAAGAGGAUGCUACGAGAGCUAUCGAGACUUUCAAUGGAUACCAACUUAGGAAUAAGCGAUUAAAGGUUUCUUAUGCGCGACCGUCAGGAGAUGAUAUUAAAGAAACAAACCUAUAUGUAACGAAUCUUCCUCGGGCUAUAACUGAGGAGCAACUUGAAACGAUAUUUGGGAAAUAUGGAAGGAUAGUACAAAAACACAUUCUACGUGAUAAGAAUAAUGGUUCGCCGAGAGGUGUCGCCUUUGUAAGAUUCGAUAAAAGAGAAGAGGCCCAAGAAGCGAUAGCAGCACUCAACAAUGUGAUACCAGAGGGCGGCACUGAACCUCUAAGUGUCAAGGUAGCUGAGGAGCACGGUAAACAAAAGGCGGCGUACUACGCCGGAUGGUCAGCUGGCUUCCAACAGAGUCGAGGUGACUUUUCGUGGAAUUGUGGAACUUGUUUGAUGCCUGGAGAGUCCUGGGAUAGUUUUCCAUCCCCUCCCCCUUUACUAGGCAGUCCAAACACUCCCAGAAACGGCUGCAGGCCAGGAAUGUGUGCGAACAUUCGACCACCGUUUGGUAAAGUCAAUAGAGCCAAUCGGGGGCGAAAUUUCCCCUGGGGUCCAGGGGCUGGUGACUUUAAAGGACAGAGGUGUAGAAAUGGUGCUCCGUAUUGGUAAUUUUUUUUUAUUUUUUUUUUAUUGUGUUGUCAAGAUGUCCAAGAACAUUCAAGUUGUGGAUUUUGUUACAGAUUUAUGAACGUAGAUUAGCAGUGCAAUGAAUUAACGAUGAUAAAGCAUAAUUUUGCUUUAGUGUUCGUGAAUAUUAAUUGUUUGAGGGGUCCCUCCCCUCACACACACAAAAGGUUCUCGUAAACCCAGCAAUUUUAAGGAAAAUUACUAUUUUGUCAUACUGCUAGAUGGUACUGCAUGUAACUAGGCUGUUAUACUAAUGUAUUAUAUUAUUUACUAUUUAAUUAUUGUAUUAAUAACAGAUUAGUGGAUAUAUAUAUAUAUGUGGCGAUAUCUAAUAAAGACUUCUUAUUCCUUCAUUAUAAUAUUAUCAUUACAAAGACAAGAGACAAAUAGAGAUAAUAUUAUGAUUGGCAACAUUUAAUCUGCUUAAAAUUAGCAGCUCACUUUCAAUGAAUUAAAAAAAUAUUUCGAUAAGCGCCAUCUAGGUGAUUCUUGCAUUAUUAAACCGUAAUGGUUUGCCAUUAGAUAAGCCUUUUGGUGACAUCUAGAAAAGUAUUAGCAAUUUUUGUGUAUUGCAGAAAGCGUACACUUAUAACUCGUUAACGAAAUUGAGUUUUAUUUUAAUUUGUUCAAGAUUUACAUUUUAGAUAAUAGGUUAUGUGAGUAUGAUUUGUGUGAAGUCUGUUUUGUUUUCGUUAAUUAUUGUAACUAUGCCUAACGAUGGCAGACUUGUACAUUUUUUAAAAUUAUUUCUUUAAUAUAGAGAUUAUAAUUUA